AUGAUGCGCGAAAUUCACGACACUGCUGGGGCAGGCGCAAGCGGCGCGAUGGAGGAAAGCGAGGGAGGAGGGAGUGGGGGUGCCGCGGCCGAUAUGGACGAGUGCGGCUCCCUGUCAUUACCUCCUGACCUGCCCCCUUACUCGGGCGAUUACAUAAUCAGUGACUACAUGGAGAGGCUCGGUACACGUCUCAACAUUCUGGAAACCGAGCUGAAAUACGCAUGGAGAGCAUUAGACCUUCUAAGCCAAGAAUAUGUUCGAAUGUGGGAUAGACUAGAGAGGCUCGAGUCAUUGCUAGCCGAUCAACAGGGUGUUAUAUCAACUCUUCUAGAUUUUUAUACUUGUCGAAGUGUAACAUCUCGAGAUCCCCUCUCUAGGUUAGAAGUAAUAAGAGAAAUACUCGGGAAUGGAACUAUAGAAGAUGGAAUUGAAGAAGGCUUAGAUAUUGCAAGUCGAAAUGCCGUGCUCCUAGACCAGCAAGAAGAAGUAAUGGAAUCGAAUGAAGCUUUUUAUAGAAGCUUAAAUCAAGCCUACAGAGAUGAUUACGUAUAUGAAGAAACCUCGAGACCUCCAUCUCAGCUCGAUAUGAUUUGGGAAGCGCCAGAAGAACCCGAACAUGAAACGAUACCAUCAGCUUCCGGACAAAUUUACAGUUCCAAAGACUAUAAGAACUACUGCGGCAUGCAAGGCGGGCCCAGUAUAAGUGAAAGAGACUUAGUUCAUAUAUCUACAUUAAGUACAAUAGAUCAAAUUACAGUAGAUAAAUUGCAUGAAUUAGAUAGGCUGACAACGCAAUUACACAAAGAUUCAAGAGAAUUAAAAGACUUAAAAUCUAGACUCCUUAGUCCUGAAAUAAAAAUAUCAACAAAACACGAAAGAGAUAUAGAGGCGAAAACGCUAGUUGAAGACGGCAAUAUAAUAAAUGAACAGUUAAAGAGCGUUUAUCCGGGCGGCGACACUUGGGCUAUAAAUGAUAUGAUGAAAAGUUUCGACGAUUUUAUGUUAACAACACCAAAAGAAACUAUUGUCAAGGACAAAUCUCCGUCUAGAUUAUCAUUGACGGAUAGUAUAGCAGCAGAUAGAACAUUAGAGUAUUUGCCUCCUACACUUUCACCAAGACGGAAAUUUGUACCAGAAAGAACUUCCACGGAACCAUAUACUACUGUUACAGGGCGCUUAGCGUAUAGUUCUGCUGUUGCUAAUGCUGAAAUUAAUGCUGCAAAAGCUUGCAAGUCACCUAGCGCAAUAUCAAAAGAUCGUUUUGAUUACAGUUCUGACUACAUAACUAAUGAUAUAAGUCAAAACUACUACUCAUCUAAAGCUACCCAACAGUCAUUAACUGAUACCUAUAAACAAAAUAAAGACCAUUCACCACUUUCUAUGCAUGAUAUUUAUGAUGCUAAUAUUGACAACAGGCUGGAUAUGACUUUUGAAGAUCGCAUGCAUAAAUCUCCUAGUCCCCCACCCCCAGCGCCACCAAAUGGAGCUGAAAUUUUCGCUUCCAUUGAAAACAACAACGAAUUAUUAACAAGACAUCAAGCAUUACUUUCAGCUGGAGUUCCCACAAUGCACGCAGAAAGCUUGAAAUUGAGCCCACGCUCACCUAAAUCACCUAAAACAUCCCCUAAACAUUUAAAAAGAGAUAGCGCAAACAUAGUAACAGCUAAGUCAGACUCAGGUUUAUCAUCUAUGAGCGGGUGGUCAAGUUUAGAAAAAAGUCCUGGCUCGCCGAAAACUGGUCGAUUAAGUCAUGGUCAUGAUGUACAUAAAAUACGUGUUCCAUCUCCACAAUUAGUGCAAAGAAAUUCAUAUGAGGAAUCAAAACCAUACCUGGAAACUUUGGUUGAUUCAUAUUUGUAUGAGGACAAACAGUUUAAGAAAGAUUACGUUUUACAUAAAAAUGAAACCUUCAAAGAACAAAAAAGUUUAGCAGAUUUGAAGAAAUUGCAAGAAAAUAUCGGUAACAUGUUUCUAAAAAAUGAAAUUAUGUUUCCAGUACCCAGUCAGACAACUCUGAGCAACAUAGCAGAAUAUUACUAUGGUAACGAUGCGCCUUCUAUAUACUCUGUAGCAGGUAAUAGGCAGCCCAUUUUUACAACAGUAUAUAGCACACCAGGAGGUAUGCUUUCUGAAGAUAGGAAUUUUUCCGAAUUUAUAGAUAGAAAUGAAAUUUUAGAUACAGAUAUAAAGCAAGCCCUUGAUCCUUUUCCACCAGAACCAAGCUACCAUGCACAAACUGUUGUUAUGUCUGCGAAUAACUUGAAUAAAAAAUCUCUUACUCGAACAAAUACGAUAAGCGGAUCUGAUUCUAACUUUCAUCAAAACGGUUAUAAAGCAUCACGUUCUGGAUAUCCGCCUGGAAAUAUUACAGACGCACUUUCAUAUUAUCCUACCUCAAGUAGAUAUGAUUCACCAAAAAGGGCUCCAUUGGAAGAUCGUAUGUCAUGGCAAGGUGGCAGUCGAUCUCCAACAAGUUCUGUAGAGACCUUGAGCUUAAAAUCCCACUCCAUGAGCAUUUCUGAACGAAAACAAUUCCAAAAUCAAUUGCAGCAAGAAUAUUUUAAGCAACAACAAUAUGACCAACGUAAUGGAAAUAUAGUAACUGAUGCGCAAAAUCAUGAACAAAUAACAGAUCAUAAGAUGAGGAAAGACCAAUAUAAUAUGGACUCUAGUGGAAUUUUAGUUUCUGAAUCUGGUUAUUUAUCUAUUUCUUCAAAUUUAAAAAUGAAAAAUUUAGAUAAACAAUGCAAAAAGCCAAAAAGAACUUCGUCUUUAAAAUCUGCUAUGACCUCCAUGAGUCAGUGGUUGCCUGAUUUACAUUUACCUAAAAAGCAUAGAUCACACUCUCUUCCAUCUGGCGUUGAUACAGUAGAGCAACAGCAACAAGAAAAGACGCUGAAAGAAAGACUUUUAUCAGCACAAAGAAGAAAGAAAAAGUAUCAUUUAGUUGCUUCAAUGUCAGGUUUAUUACAAAAAGCCCGGAGAAAGCAGCAAGCUAGUCAUCAAUCUUUAUCAGAUCCAGAAACAUCUGAAACUGAGUGGUCCGGAGGGAGAUCUAGUGCUCAAUCAGAAGAUAGCGAUAGUGUUUUUUCAGACUCUAUUCAUGAAACAAAUAUGUUCUCAAAAGUUCCUCUUAAAACAAAACAACGAAAAAUAAAUACUCAAGAAAAGGUAGAACAACAACAAAUGAUACAAGAACUACAACAACAACAAGCUGAACUGCAAGGGGAGGCAGAUGAUGAGUGUAUUUUAGAAGAUAAUGAAAGAUAUCCAUCUGCAACAAAUGGAAUACCUCGUGAUAAAAGUGACGAUAUUGAUUUUCAUUUCGCUCGAGUUAGUCAGAUUAAUAAAAAUAACAUACAAGAACUUGAAAAACUGGAUAUAGAUACAGAUAUAUCGAAUGUUGACCCAUUUGAAGAUGAAAAGGAAGAUACAGAAUCUCCAGCUGCUAUAUUUGCUACAGUAGGCGAUAUGAAAAAAUCUUCAAUAACUUCAGAAGAUUCUGCCAGCGACAAUAACAAAUCCUAUAAUGGAAGCUCUCAAGAAUUUGCAGUAUCUCGUGCUUUGGGUAAAUAUCGUUUACGUAAAUCGUCAUCAAUAACAGAUGAUGUAUCUGAAAUAUCUCCACCAAAAAUUGAAACUAGUUUUACUGAUGGCGUUAAUGAAGAAGUUCAAAAACCAAAAGAAAAGAAACAGACCAAAUCAAGCCCCCCUGAAAUUAUAAGAAAUAGCUCAAUAACUUCAGAAGAUAAUUCAAUCUAUACAGAUCGUAGCCCAUCAUUACAAAGUUCAAGGGGUGUUCAAAAUAAAUUUCAGCCACGUCACCAACAAAGUCUUGAUAUUCCAAAUAAACACGACGAUGAUGACAGUCGAAGUACGCAUUCUUGGAGAAGUGGCUCUAGGGUAUCAUCUCGCAGACAAAGCACUGAAGAUAGUAUAGAUUCAGAAGAUGAAUGGUAUCGUUAUGAAUUAAGAAAGUUAGAAGAAAUGGAACACCAAUCCAGUCAACCGGAAACAGAGAGAGAACAUCUGUUAUUUGAGGAACCGGUAAUCGAAGAAGAGCCUUGUGAAAUAUUGAAAGAAAAAAUGUCCUAUGUAUUACGAGAGUUGAAAUUAAAAACAGCUCCUAUAAAAAUAAAAUAUGACGAAGCCAAGACAGAGGAGACAUGGAAAGACGUCACGACAUUUCAUGAUAUGGACGAAAAAAUGGCGGACUCUAUGUCCCAAAAAGAUUCUGAUGACGAUAGAUCAUAUGCUGACUCUGGUUCUGGAGAAACAUCUGGACCCGACAGCCCCGUUCAAAGUGGUGACGAGUUCGAGGAGGAUGAAAUGCCUCCAAUUCCGCAGGACAGUUUCGGCAUCAGAACCAACCCCAUCACAGGACGCUCCAUCUGGCAGUAA